AUGCUCUGCUUGAAAUGGUUCAAUACUCCAUUGAUCGACAAAACGGAAAAGUUGACAGUUAACGAUCAACCAGAAGGACCAAUAAUGGAUAUGCCGGAUCUGGUGAUGAGAAAGAUUAUGGAAAAUGUGGAUUUUAUAACGAUGCUGAAACUUCGAAAAGUGUGUCACGCGUUUCGAAACUUUAUUGAUGUUACAAAACUGGAUAACGAGUUGACAGAAGUCAAUAUCAAAGUGACACCGUCAUCGAUUUAUGCGACUAUCUAUUUUACUUCAGCAUCUAGGAAAUCUGUAAACUCGAAUUACAUUGCAUAUGGGAACAACUGUUUGUUAAAAGUCAAGGAAGGAAGAAAUGAAAAAGCGAAAUUCAUGAAAAACCAAGAUUUCGUGGAGGCAUUUUUCAACGAUUUUGGUUUUAUUUUAAGAAACCAAUCAAAACUGUUGAAAACCAUUGCUAUCGAGGAAUCGUCAUAUAAUUGGUAUUUACAGGAUUCAUACGACAGAGAUCUUCUGAACAGAGUUAAAAUUACAUAUUCAAUUCACGGAUGCUGCACUUGUACACGUCCGCUGAGAAAUUUCAUCGAAGCUCACGAACAUCUAGAAAAAAUAAACAAAACGUAUACGUUGCAACAAACUGCCGAUAAGUUUUAUGGUCGUUUUGCUGACAUUUUGAGAUCAAGAAAAUCUCCCAUUUCUAUACAAAUACUGGAUGUUAGAAUUAUGAGAUUAAGUUAUUUGUUGAAUGUGGCUCAGCACAUUGAUCGGGAACAAUUGAGAGGGAUUGUGAUAAGGAAGACACCUGAAUAUAGUGAUCGAGAAAAAGGGAAACAGCCGACUUUGAAUGAAAUCGUGGAGUUGGACGUGUUCGAUUAUAUUCAAGUAUUGAGUAUUAGGGGUUUCAAAGUAACAGUGCCUCUUGAAACAUUUCUUCAUAUACCAGAUCUGAGAGUUGCCAUUUCAACACUAACUAUUGAAAAUGUUUUGUUGAUAAAGAAGAACAUGAUGACUUCUCCAACUGUCAAAUCUCGAAGGGUUUACUAUGAUCGUAUGAAAGACUCGGAUACAUUAUACAAAACCCUUGGACAUGCGAAUUCUGACCAUAAUAAAAUAUCCUGGUACUUUAAACUUCCGGGAUUAGAUCAAAUCCUCCAAAUCAGCAGGGAAUAUCAUGAAACUUGUUUUUCAUUUACAUGGACCAAAACUUCAUGCAUUUAUAAUGAUGCGGUGGUUCAUUGA